UAUAGUUGACGUAAUUCGUCGUCGGUUAAUGAGUUCACGCGGAGAAAUAUUUUGUUGUGAAGUUUUGUAAGUUGCCUACCGGAUGCGCGCGCGCGACUGUUAUCGUUUCUUGACACAUUUACGAUGUUUCAGUUCACUCUGUUCUGUGAUCAUGGCUGCACUGGACCACACCAGCCAUGUUUGCUAAUUUAAAACCCAAAGGUUAGGCUCUGGUUGUUGUUUUAUUAUUAUUAUUAUUUAUUUAUCGCUCUGUCAUCUUCAGCCACAUAUCCGCUCAGACGGGACACCGGAGUCGUCUGUGGCCACCGGGAUCCAGGGAAGCAAAGAUGGACUCAAAUAAUCACUUUAACUAUGGCACCCACUCCUCAGCAAACUCAGGACUGAAACUCUCCUCAGGGGAUUCUCCUUACACCAACGGGUCCUCUGUGAGCUUUCCUCAGCAGGGGAAGAAUUUAAAUGGCGACAUGAAUGUCAAUGGCGUAUCUACUGUCGGGUCCAGCGGGCCCGCUUCCCACCAACCGUCUGCCCCUUACCUGCACCUGCGCAACCACCAUCAGAACAGCAUGGGCUACGACUACCUGUGGGGCGCGCACCCCCAGUACGGUCAGGGCGUGGGCUCCUCUGAGAUGCACCAGAAGCCGGUCACGUCCGGAAUAGCCCCGCCGCCGCCGCCUCAGUCACACCACCACUUCCAGGCUCACGGACAGUACCAGUUGAACGGAAGUAUCGAAGGCUCCCACCAGCCCUCCGUUGCAGGCGCAGCAAACAUCCCAAUCGCAGGAAAUCAAUACUGGAGCAGGAGUAACCCCGCGCCACAGCAAAUGGGUUACAACUCCCAAGGCAUGUAUGGAAGCUACCAGAAUCAGGCUCAUCCUGGGAUUUCUUUAUCACAGCCUCACCAGCAGCAGCAGCAGCCAUCACAGCAGCACCUGCAUUCCCACCGUCAGCCUCCCCAUCACCACCAGCAACCACCGCACUAUGGGAUGAUGCCUAACGGGAUGCCCUACUACCAACAACACUCGUCGCCGCAGCAGCAGCAGCAGCAGCUUCCUCAGCCGGCUCCCCAGACCUUCACUCCUCCACGUGGCAGCCCGCAGCACCACAGCUUAGGCAGGGGGCGCUCUGGCAGUCCUCUCCCUGUAGGAGUGUCAACUACAUCCAUUAUGUCACCAUCAGCUGUGCAGGACAGCGGGUCGCCCAGGAGCCACAACCGAGAUCGAAGCCCCCUCGCCAGCAACAUGGGGAUGUCCUCUCCAGUGCACGGGCAUGCAGGGGAAGUGGUUAAGGAAGUGGAUGUAGGCUACAAUGGCAGUAAAGGGGCUCCCGGUUAUCAGGCUGAACCUUCUACCGCUCACGUGGCUCCUCAGAGCGACUACAGACACCUUCCAGACCAGCCAGCCAGUCAGCAUCCAGAAAUGGCCUCCCCAGUCAGAGAUCCGGUCAGUAACCCGCGUCCUCACAGCGUGUCGUCUCCGCUCUCCGCGUCAAAAGCCGGAGCGUCCACAUCUCUAACCAAGGUCUCCACGCCGGCGCGAGUCUCUGCAGCCCCUUCCUUCUCCGGACCCAUUCUAUCCGGGCCCCCGACUCUCUCCUCCAGCUAUGAAGAAUCUGCGGCUCCUCAAAUGUCGGCCACUCCCAAUUCCUUCUUUUGUUCAUCUUCAAGAAACUCUUCCAGACUUUCCUCUCCACCUCCCGUAAUUCAAGGCCUCAGGUCUCCCAGCUCUGAUGCGUCUGAGGUGUCAGAGUCCAAGCCCCCCUUCAAAAGGUCGUCCUCGCCCUCGCACCGACCACAAAAAGUUCCUCUAGCUUCACCUGAAAACUUUUCAGAAUCUGCCGCUGGUCCUUCUAGUCCGCCGUCAUCUUCGCCCGAUCCGUUAGUUCGUCAGUGGAAGUUGGAAUCUGCUCUGAAGACUGCUUCACCCUACAGCCCUCCUCAUUCUGCACCCGUUUUGUGUCCGGAGAAGCUGCUGACCCGUGGACCCAAGACUUUCUCAGAAGGUUUUGAAAGCCGACCCGAGAAUCCUCCUUCCCCGCAGGCCACGCCUCCUACUUUAUCUCCACCCCAAUCCACGAAUCCCUUAUCUGCAAGUGUUGCUCCAAGCCUGGAGCCAACAUCACCUGGACCCUCUAUUUCAAUAUCCGCGGUGGUGUCACCGAUCCCUAUAGCUGGCAGUAAACCUAGUGACCCACCAACCGCAUCGCAGUCUCAGAUCAACACUCCUGCAGCCGUUUCCCCUCCAUCCGAGAGGCUCAACUUCACUUCCCUAAUCGCAAAAGAGAGAACCGCGGGCCAACGUCUGUUCACCCUACCUCCUUCAACCACUCAAGCCUCCAGGACUGCAGCCGUGUCCUCUCCUCCUUCCUCUGUGUCCGAACCUCCCGCUGCGACUGUUCUGACUGAAGACAUGCAGAGAUCCGGCUCCAGGGAUCCAGCUGCUGCUCACGUCCUUCCCAAAUCCUCUUCCAGUGAGUCAGACCGUCAAGGAUUCGGCGAGGAAAGCGAAAUAAACGGAAAGCCGGAGGAGCACCUUCCAAAGCCGGGCUCGGACGCUGCGAGGACAUUGCUGGGUGAAAUGUCCGGAGCUGGAACGUCGGGAAUCGCACAGAAGAAGCUCAGUGAAACUCCAGGAGGGUUGAUGAUCGAUCAGCAAACAAUCUUGAAGGAGGGUGACUCUAAGAUUGAACCAACUCCACUCAGAAAGUCUCCUCCACUCAACAGCACAGACGACCAAACUUUCAAGAACCGUUCCCCCGAUUCCUCCCAGUACGAUGGCAACUCAACAACCGCUUCAAACGUGAACGUCAGCUCCCUCAUGGAUCAGACCUCUGUGCUAGUGGAAGACAGUUCUGCUUCAGAGGACUCCUUUGACCACAGCUUUUCCCAGAGAAAGGACGGCUCUCACUUCCACAGCACCUUUUACGACGACGAGGGGGAUAAGUCUGCUCCAUUCGACAGCUCCCGAGACGGGCUCUCUGUGGAAACCUCUCGAGACGAAACCAUGGAGUCCACCAGGAGGGACGAAACCUCAGACGCAGAGGAGACGGGGAGCAAUCUUAUCGGUCAGUCUGCGCUGGAAUCUUCUGCAGCCUCCUGUCAUUAUGAAGAACCUGCCGUUGGGUCGUGGGAUGCGUCCAGAACGGAGCCAUCCGUGUCAUCUCGAGUUCCUGGAGUUGCAUGGGAGUUUACAGAGCAUCAAACUCCAGACUCGGUCGGACACAUGGACAUCCUGACACCCCCCGGUUUGAAUAUGAGAGCGGAGAGCUUCAUGGCCCACAGUACUCCAGCAGAGAGCGCUGCUGUGCAGCCAGUUCCUGAGCUCACUGCAGAAGGCCCCCCGAAAACCCAGAGAAAACCACGCAAACCUCGAACCCCAAAAGCAUCAUGGGUCACAGACGGAGAAGCGCAGAGGAAGCCACGCGUUCGAACCCCAAAAGCGGAAAAGCCGAAGGCUGACGAAGAUGCUAAAGAAGACGGACCCAAAGGAAGGAAGAGGAAGAGGUCCUUAAAGGUCAAUCAGACAGCCGACGUCCCCGGGGGGGCUGGGCCCCUCGCGCAGGAGGUUGAUCCGAUAAUGGCCGCAAUUGACGCCGUCCUGGCUAACGCGUCGUCCAUCAGCGCAGCCCUCGAGAAAGCCAAGAAGAUCAAAAGAGCGAAAAAACAAGAUCAGGAUGGAAGCACGGCGGCAAACAAGCAGGAUGCUAAAACCUCUGCAGACGACGGCGAGGAAAACGAUGACGAUAGCUCCACGGCAGGAGAAUCAAACAAAAGAAGGGUUGCAACUGAGGAGCAGGUCCGCUUUCCUCUAGCUCACGGCUGGAGGAGGGAAAUCCGAGUGAAGAAACUGGAGAACCGCAUGAAGGGGGAGACGUGGUAUUACACUCCAUGCGGCAGGAGGAUGAAGCAGUUUCCUGAAAUCAUAAAGUACCUGAAGAGACACGGCGACAGCGUGGUCACCAGGGAACACUUCAGCUUCAGCCCACGGAUGCCCGUUGGAGACUUUUAUGAAGAGAGAGACAGUUCAGAGGGUGUAAAGUGGGUCCUUUUGGCUAACGAGGAAGUUCCCUCCAUGAUCAUGGCCAUCACCGGUCGACGAGGCCGACCGCCGAACCCCGACAAGGAGAAGCCUCGCAGGGUUAGCGGCGCGAGGGGGGGGCAGGCUCGCCGGCCCGGUAGACCCCCCAAAUUAAAGAUGGUCGAUCUUCUGAGUAAAGUCGAUGCCAAACUGCUGAAGAGACUUGAAGCAAAGGAGGCUCUAACAGAGGAGGAAAAGGAGAAAAUUGCAAAAAUCAAAAAGAAAAUGAAGAGAAAGGCACGCAUGAAGAGACGGCAGGAUGCAAAGAUCAAGAAGAUGAAGGAGGAAAAAAAGAAAGUGAAGCUGGAGGAAGAGGCCAAACUGCUGGAGGGAAAGGCUGAGUCGACAGACCUGUCAGCCCCAGAGGUCACGCUUUCAGAGUCUGCCGCAGAGCCUAAGAAGUCUGGCCGCAGGAGAUCCGUCAAAGUUGACGCCCCUGCGCCUGUGGCUGUGCAGGCAUCCAGCGAAGCCCCGCCCCCAGGUAACCGAGCGCAGAGUGCUCGGAGUAAAGCCAAGGCCCUGGCUAAAGCUCAGGCGGAGGCGGAAGCGGCGGCUCAGGCCGCUCUGGCCGCUAAGAGAGCAGCAGAACGGCGAGCGCAGGCCCAGAGACGCCUGGAGGAGAGGAAGAGGCAGCAGCUGAUUGCAGAUGAGCUGAAGAAGCCCGCCGAGGACAUGUGCCUCACCGACCACAAACUUCUGCCCGAGUUGUCCCGGAUUCCCGGUUUGGUCCUUUCUGGGACGGCUUUCGCACACUGCCUGUCUGUCGUUGAGUUUCUUCACGCCUACGGAAAGCUGAUCGGCAUCGACGUGCCCAAAGACAUCCCGAGCCUCGCUACCCUGCAGGAAGGCCUGCUGGGCCUGGGUGACAGCCAGGGACAGGUCCAGGAUCUGUUGAUAAAGCUGGUGGAUUCAGCCCUGCAUGAUCCCGGUCUGCCGUCUUACUAUCAGUCCGUAAAGAUUCUCGGAGACAAACUGGUGGAGCUGGAGCUGACUCGCAGCACCGUGUCGGAAGCCCUCCGUAUAUUUUUAGAGUCUCACGGUUACGAGACGGAGGUUUGCAACUCGUUGAGGACCAAGCCCUUCCACGCCCUUCCUCCCGACACCAAGGCGUCCAUCCUGGGCUUCCUGGUGGAGGAGCUCAACGGCAGCAACAUUGUGACCAGUGACAUCGACAACACAUUGGAAAACAUGACGACCUACAGGAAGAACAAAUGGAUCAUUGAGGCGAAGCUGCGCAAGCUAAAAUCUGUGCUGGCAAAGCGCACGGGACGCUCCGAGGAGGAGAUCUGCUUUGAGGAGAGGAGGCGCAGCGCAAGAGUGGCUGAAGAAGAGAACCUGAGUCUGGAAGAGGGACUCAUUCUGGAGAGAGGAAACAGGCGCGCCCGAAAAGAAGAACCCAAACCCGUCGAUAGCGAGAGCCCCGCCGUUGCCAGCAUUCCCGAGCUUGAACGACAAAUAGAUAAGCUCACCAAGCGUCAAGCGUUUUUCCGUAAAAAGCUGCUACAGACUUCUCAUUCCAUGCGAGUCAUAAUGCUGGGUCAGGACCGGUACCGCCGCAGAUACUUGGCCCUACCUCACCUGGGAGCGGUUCUGGUGGAGGGCCCUGAAGAGCUGCUCACUUCCGAGGACGUUCUAGUCGCUGAAGUGCCUGUCGCUUUCCUGAAAAAGGAGCUAAAAGUGGAGGAGACUCCCAUGCCUGCUACUCCACCUCCCACUCUCCCAUCUUCUCCGUCCUCGGCUGCCCCCGGCCAGGCGCAGGGCUUCUCCGCAGAGGAGGAUUUCCUUCCCGGAACCGCAUCCCUCAUGAGCACGCAGAGAGGUCGCGGACGCCCGAGAAAAAUCAAGCCCGAAGUCGAGCUUCACCUCCGCACCGCAAAGAUCCGCCGGCAGCGGCGAAGUAGCAUCAGAUCGGUGGGAGGAGACAAGCCGGGUUCGCCCAGCGGGACCACGCAAGACCUCACCCAAGCGGCUUUCCAGAGCUGGCUGAGCCAGUCGCAGGAAGCGGCGACCCACGGCUCCUGUUCGGCAGCAGGGGAGGCUCCGGAGGGAAAUCGGCCCGAAAGAAGCGUGAAGGAGAUGGCAGAGAAACAAGGACAGUGGUUCAACCUGCUGCCCAAACAACCGUGUGAUGAGAACUCUUUGACUGAGGCCCAGAUACCUGCCUCGCCGCCUAAGCUCCUCCCUCAGGUCCAGGAUGUUCUAGCGACCGUUUCUGCUGACCUCAUCAAGCCGGAUCCUCUCAUGCCCGUCCAGACUCCUGUUGUCUGUGCGGACCCGGCGCUGCCACAGGAAAUCAACCCCACUGAUGCUGCUCAAACUGCCCCCACACUGACUCCAUCAACGCCUCCUCAGCUCACGCCGAUUCCCAUCAGCCCGCCAGCACCACCACCACCACCAGCUCCUGUCACUCCCACCCCUCCUGUCAGACCCGCUCGACGGCGGAGACGAGGGAGCAGGGGCAGCAGUCCUGCACGUCGAGGGCCGCGAGGCGCCGCAGCCAAACGCCGCGGCCGCCCGCCAAACUCCGUGUUCCAGGAGCUGGAGCAGCAGUACUUCACCCAGAUGGUGGUCAAGCCAAUUCCUGCCUCUAUGGUGCGCGGUUGGUGGUGGGUGAAGGACCCAGAGGAGCUCUACAGCACCUUACAGUCCCUCCACCCUCGGGGAAUGAGGGAGCGACUCCUCCACAAGCAUCUGGCCAAACACAUGGAGAGCUUAACGGAGAUGUGCACCAAACCCAUUAACGACCCGAUAUUUGAGUCGAAGGUGGAGGAGAAGGACGCUCUGUUGGAGGCUCUGCAGCAGCCGUGGCAGGUGCAGGACAAAACCAUGGAGACGGACGUCAUCGCCCUUCAGUGGGUGGAGGACCUGGAGCAGCGGGUGGUGGCAGCUGAUCUACAAAUGAAGGUACCGCCUCAAAAUGCGGUGAAUGACCCCGAGACAAACGCAGAGACACUAGUGGCUGAAUUUCAGCCUUUCACCAUCCCCGACCCAGACUCGACGCGUGAGGACCUUCAGUACUACGAACACGAUGUGGACCCGCGAGACGACUGGAUCGUAAGAACCAAGAAGGAGUGGUCCGGCCUCCCUCGCAUUGCCACCCACCCGCUGGACCUGGCUGUGCUGCGUCUCGCCAACCUGGAGAGAAACAUCGAGAGGCGCUACCUGAAGCAGCCGCUCUGGAACCCGGCGGAGGUGAUGCGCCUCGCCCCGCUCACCCCCACGCCUGGAGAGGAGCACCUGAUGGACGUCAUCAGCCUUGAAAGUGAGAUCACCUCUCGAAUGCGCACAUGGAGGCAGGCUCUGGACCGCUGCCGCAGCGCUCCGCAGCUCUGCCUGUGUCUGCUUCAGCUGGAGAAGGCCAUCGCCUGGGAGAGAUCCAUCACUAAAGUGACGUGUCAGGUCUGCAGAAAGGGAGACAACGAUGAGUGCCUGCUGCUGUGUGACGGCUGCGAUCGCGGCUGCCACAUGUACUGCCUGAAGCCUAAAAUAACCCAGGUGCCAGAGGGAGACUGGUUCUGUCCAACCUGCACAGCAAAGGAUCAAGGAGAGCCUCAGCAAUCUUCGAAAAAACGCACCAGAGUGAAGAGGAAACGAUACGAGGAGGAGAGCUCUGAAGAGGAGACCGCUCGGCGUAGCGGCGGCAUGUCCACGCGACACAAGGACCCCCCGCCCGCCGCUUUACCCUCCCGUUACUCCGGGGAAGGAGGCAGCGCCAAACGACGCCGCAUGACCACGCGCAACCAACCCGACCUCACCUUCUGCGAGAUCAUUCUGAUGGAGAUGGAGGCUCACGCAGACGCCUGGCCCUUCCUGGAGCCCGUUAACCCUCGCCUGGUGCCAGGUUACCGCCGCAUCAUCAAGAACCCCAUGGACUUCCUCACCAUGAGGGAGCGACUGCUACAGGGAAUGUACUGCAGCUGUGACGAGUUUGCAGCCGACGCACAGCUAGUCUUCAAUAACUGUGAGCUCUUCAACGAGGACACGUCUGAAGUGGGGAUGGCCGGACACUCCAUGAGGCGUUUCUUUGAGAGCCGCUGGGCGGAGUUCUACUCAAACAAAGACAAAUAGGAGGCGGCGGCGGCAGCGGUUUGGCCUGAUGGGGGGGCUGGAGACCGCCGUCCCAGUCCCCUCCACACUCUGCAUCACUGCUGGAGUUUGUUGCAGCCACGUUGUAUUAUCUCCUGUAUAGGUAUAUAUGUAUAGAUUUUUGGCUCUUUGUCUGUUAUCGUCCCCUAUAGAGGCCUAAUAUUUUUCAAAGGUCUGCAGCUGAAGUGGCUUGUACCCAUUUGAGUGAGAACAUUUACCCUCACCUCCUCCUCCUCCUCCUCCUCCUCAUCUCCCGUCUGUGUUCUCCUGUGGGGUCCCGCUGUGAGCGUCUUUUCGCUCACGAUCGCACCGAAGGUCAGACGUUCACUCAUGCAGCUUACAGACCAGACCUGCUCAGCACUCCCAGCAACACGGAUCAAAGCUCAUCAGUCAUUUCUAACCAGUUCAUCAGAAAUGUAACGUGGUCUUACGCAUACAUGUAAUUUUUGGCUCUAUAUUUUUAUUAUAUAUCCUAUAUAUAUAUAUAAAUAAAUAAAUAUAUAUAUACAGAUUACAAUAGCUGGGAUUAUUUAAUAGCAAUAGCUUGUAGUGAAUGUGUACAGAUUACCUCAUAGAGAUGUUUAGACAUUUAUGAAAAGGCCAGUCAAACCUUCAAGGAUUCUGUUGUUGGACCGUCACCAGUAGAUGUUGUAGAACUCCUGCACACGUACACACACCUGCACCGUCACACUCGCCGCCUGCUGCCGUGUGAACGACACUGGUUUCUAAAACUGGAGGAUUUUUCGCGUUGUCAGUCUCUAGCUGUGGGUUUUUUUUCUCCACUCUACAACAUGUGAAAGUGUUCCGUUAGGUCGUAGCGACGGGUCUGUAGUUUGCUGUAAAUACUCCCGUUUGAUUGGACGCUCCGACAUUCUUUGGACUGAAAUGAUGAGCUGGCACGUGUGUGACAUGGAGGGAGGGUGCUAAGAAAAAAAAAAACUUUUAAUCUGAUAAACUAAAUUGACUGAAAUGCUUUUAUUUUUAGGAUUGGCUUUGCAAACUGAAUUUAUGGGCUCCACCUUUUUCCACUCUUACAUUCCUUUUUUUAUUUAAUUUUUUUUCUUUUUUCUGUGUGUGUGCGCGUGCUGUACACGGGCCAACGUACGACAUCGUGCUCUGAAGGCGACGGGACGAUUCCACAGACCGGGUUUUAUUUAAACCGGUUCCUUACACUGAACCCGCUCAGUCCACGGAUAGGAAAUAAACGUUGACGUUCCUUAUCUCGCAAAGGGACAGUAGUGUUCUGCAUUUUUUUCUUUACCAAGAAAAGAAAAAAAAAACAUGAAAACCAAAUGUGGUGUUAAGUGAAUUUUUAAUACUGUACAGUUUUGGUGACUUUAAAUUUGUUCCUUUAUAUUUUUAGGACCAAUUCAUCAUUUUUAAGAAGGAGUGUUCUAAGACUCUGUUGUAUUGAGGUGAUGUAACACGUGUGCAUCUGUAGAAUGUACUGUGAGUUGAAUAAAAACACAUCUUAUAGAA